UAAAAAACUCGUUUUUAUGACGUCUGAUAUCGGAAAUAAAUAAAUUAACAAAACCGAGGGCUUAGCAGAAAAUACGACGAGUCGUUAUUCGGUUUAUGAGCUAUAAAGUUUCAGCUUUUGAAUUGGAGCUCCAGAGCAUUAGUCAGAGCGCCGAAAAUAAUCCCAAAGAGAGAGGCGAAGGAGGAACAUAAUUGGACAUUUUUGUGUCUCGUUUUCUGGCCACGAACAGAAGAAGAAAAGGAUGACGACACAAAAUUUGGAACUAAGCAGCUCUUCGAACUUGGAUGUUUCUCAGUUCCAACACACCCCGUAUUACUGCGAGGAGAAUGUAUUCUUUCUUUGCAAGAAAUUAUGUGAAAGUGGGACAGCAGAUGCAAAGGGGUCUGAUCUUUUUGUCGUUUUCAUUUCCAAUGAGAAGAAACAGAUUCCAUUAUGGCAUCAAAAGGCUAGCAACAGAGCAGAUGGAGUAAUUCUAUGGGAUUAUCAUGUCAUUUGCAUACAGCAGAAGAAAAAUGGAGGUGACUCUCCUCACUUAGUAUGGGAUUUAGAUUCAAGUCUUCCAUUUCCUUCUCCUUUAGAUCUCUACAUCUCAGAAACCAUUCGGCCAUCAUUUCAACUCUUUUCUGAGUAUCAGAGCAGGUUUUUCCGGAUUGUACAUGCUCCAGUGUUCCUCCAAACCUUUGCUUCUGAUAGGAGGCAUAUGAAAGAUUCCGUUGGUAAUUGGAUUGCUGAACCUCCUGCUUAUGAUCCCAUUGUUGCUGAAGAUGGAAUGGUGCACAAUUUGAAUGAGUAUCUUGAUAUCCAUGCGUCGGAUGUGGCGGAAAAUGCUGGAGUUGAUUUGACAAGUGCUGUUUUUUCUGAGAAACUUGGAGUGGUUAUAAGUCACAGUCAACUGGAGGGAUUCUUUUCCCAAAUUUGACUCUCAUCUCGUUUUUGUAGCUAAAUGAAUUGAGUCCAAAGUGCAGUAUCAUAUUUAUGUUAAUGUUUCCAACUACAAGGGAAAGGAAAAUUGUUCUUUCCUUCAAAAACUGGGCUUUCUUUGUGUACCGUAAUUAAAUGAAUGGAACAUUUUAUAACUUGUUUUUACACCA